AUGCCGCCCCCUUCUUUCUCCCACCAAACCUCCGUCGUCCUUCCACGAGCCAUCCAGUCUUGGCUCAAGGAGACCAUUCAAAAGGUCAAAUCCGCGCUCUUGGCGGACGACCAAGCCAAACGACACUCCAUCCUCUCCACAAUCGAGGCUUCUGUCGAGCAACACGCUCGCUCCCUCCAAACGGCAGCUCAAGCCGAUGAAGCCAACCAUCCAGUCGCAGCAGGUCCUUCACCCACCGCACAGAUCAAAUCGCAGAUCUCGAUUCGUAUCGACGAUGCUAUCCAAAACAUGCUCCACAAUGAGCACGAGCUCGAGACCAGCUUCAAAGACAAGUUGCCAGCUAUCGUCGACGUCCUCUUUGUGCUCAUGCCUUUGCUCGGCCCCACUACGAUUGUCAUGCAAUGGUGGGAUUGGGUGUUGCGACCUUUGCUCAAGAAUGCCUCUGUUCAGAACAUCACCGCCAAUCGUGCCCGUCAACUGGUUGUCCGUGCCAUGGUAGCCGCUCCCAGCACAGCCUACGAGGAUGAGCCUGCACCCACUCCCGUCUGGCCAGCACCAGCUUCAGCUCCCAUCGAUGCAGUAGAGUCGCCAGCUGCAACUUGCACCAGUCCACGACGAGCUCGUGCUGUGCCCUAUCCAAUAUCGGCCGCUGCACCCAUCCCCUCUUGUCCUUCUCGUCAGCCUCAACAACGAAGCACUUCCGUCACUACUGCAUCCGGCCCUGGCAGUCGAUCUGCCUCUCUCGGCUCACGGCAGGACACUUUUUGUCGAUUCACUCAGCGUAUCCUCGACCUCUACCUUGCCGAAGCUGCCCAAGAGUCGCAGCAGAUCUGGUCGGACGAAGCAAGUCAACGCGAGCAGAGGAGAGGCAGCGGUGCUGAUGCAAUCAAGCUAGCCUCGACCACCAACCCUGGUAGUGUGGUUGGUAGUGCGUCCGGCUCGAUCAGUGGCGGCCUUGGCGGAGCUGAUCAUGGAGUAGCUCGAGAUCCGAGUCACAGUAGCCAUCUCUUGCGAGACCCUGCUGCUCUGGUUUGGAAAGGCAAUCUCGAGUCGAUCUUGCUUGUCUACAGCAAUGAAAAGCCGAAAGAGUUCUUCCACCACGUUGCCGAAUCGUUCGGCGAGCCUACCGCUCGUGUUCCGCUCCUCUUCCUGCUUUCGACCUUCUUGCGUCUCUACCCGAUUCACGCAUACCACAUCACAUCCACAGCUCUGCCACGCAUGCUCAUCCUCUCGCUUCAGCUCGAUACUUCGACCACUUGUGUCUCGCUCGGCGUCACAGCCUUGAUCAUGCUUAUCCCACACAUUCCUAAUUGGAUCGCCAAUGGAGGUGCAGGUGGCUUGCCGACCUUGCUCAGCAUCUUUGCACGUAUCGUCGACUGGAGACGGCUUGGUCAUGGCUGGGAAAGCCGCGUCGGCGAUCAUCCCGAGUUGGAGGAAAUGCGACGAGAGAGGGACGAAGAGUUGACCGAGAUCGACCGUCUCGGCAAGCGACUCAACAUCAAGCCUUUGUUGCGAUGGAACCGUCUCGAGUCGACGUUUGAUACGACCAUGUCGACGCCGCCCAAUGCCGAGCAUCUCUUUACCUUCCUCUAUGGUUUGUUCCCGUGCAACAUUAUCCGCUUCCUUCGCUCACCCAUGGACUAUCUGCGCAAAGCAUCGUUUGACAGUCCCUUUGAAGGGCCAUGGGAGGAUAUGAUGGACGAGGUUGCGGUUCAGAGCCGCUCCAGUCCGAUCUUGCGUCGUCACACCCUUCAUCCCUCGAUCAUCACCAUGGAUGCCGAGACCGAGUUGACCGACAAGCAGAGAUGGCUCGACCAUGACUCGGCUGAUAUCAAUGCCGAAUGUCUUGGUCUUUUUCUCGGCAAGUGGCACGAUGUCAAUUCCUCCCACAUUGUCCAGGCGGAACGACAACGAUCCGGCUCGCUGGAGCACGAUGCGCCGGACGAGGACAAUGCAUCCAUCUUUUCAAGCGAGGCUAGGAUCGGUUCAUUCGAUAUGGGUCGACAACGCAGUGCUGCAGCUCUGUUGCAUCCUUCUUCGCCCAGUGGUUCGGCUCAUCGGAAUUACCAGAAGGUGCCGCAUUCAGUUAAUCCUGAUGAUAUCUUGCUGACAUACGCCUCGCUGCGUUCAGGUGCGCCGUUGAUGUCGACUAGUGCUGCUGCAGAGGCUGCUAGUAUGAACGCGCCUACUGCUCUUGGCUUUGGUAUGGCGACGCAGCCCAUGACAGCUGCUGCUCAGCGAUUGGAUGAACAGUCGCCUGCUGUGCCUCCUACUGCUGCUGUGGCGCAGCGUCGAGCUUCAGCUGCUGGAGGUGGCGGGAAUGGUGGCAUGACGGCAAGUGGCACCCUUCCGAGAUUGUUGCCUGCAGCUAGUGUUACGGCUGCUGCGACGCCUGCUAUCGUCACUGCGACGGGAAGUUCAAGUGCUGCACAUGUUGCUGUUUCUUCUCAAGCAACGCAUGCUCAUCUUGCUCGAGUCAGGUCUCGGUCUGGAUCGCUGUCGUCGUUGCACUCGAACAACAACUCGCUCAGUCCAGCAACUCCUACUUCGCCUACAUUGGCAGCAAGGCAUCCCUUGGCAUCGAGUCACUUGCCGAGUGGCCCUCUCACACCACAGCAAGCGACAAGUGAGAAGCAGCUCCUUCCCCUACCAUCUCACGACUCGACGACGAUCACCACUAGCUCGUUGCCCUUCACUGCCGCUGCUGCUGUUGGCAAUAUGAGCGGAAUGGGCAGUGAUGCAUCCAUUAUAUCCUUCCUCCAGCGCGAAAACUUGCUUCUACGCAACGAGCUCAAUUUCGAGCUCUACCUGAAAGAGCAGCAUCUUCGACAUAUCGGUCGUCUUCAUCGUGAAAAGGUCACGGAUACAGCGCUCGAAGCUGAACGGCAAAACCUCUAUCACACAGUCCGAACUCUUCGUACUACCAACACCACCCUUCGCGCCGAAUUGGAGAGGAGUCGUGCUGAAGCAGCAUCCACCAAAUCCCGCCAUGUCCAAUGGGAAGCUGAUCUCAACAACAAACUCAAAGCCUACCGUGAGGAACGAAAAGCAUGGACCACCGAAGCGCGUCAACUCAAAGCUCAAGCAGAAGAAGAUUCAGCUCACAUCCAAGCAUUGACGCGGCAAUUGGAGGAGAGUGGAGCACAACUGUUUGAAUUCAAAACCAAAAUGGAAGCAGAUCAACCGAGACUAGCCAAGUUAAGCGAGUUGGAGGGCAAGGUUGAAAAGUUGACAAAGUGUCUGGAGUAUUGGGAUGCAGAUGUGUUGAAGUAUGAAAAGCAGAGGGGGAUGAUGGAGAGAGUAUUGAAUAGGUGGGAUGAGAUGAGUUAUUUGGUGGAAGCAACCGAGGGGAUGCUAAGCGAGAUUGAGGCAAGGUGUGAGGUGUUGGAGAGGGAGAAUGAGAGGUUCAGGGUCGAAGUGCAGGGGUUGGUGGGGAGAGUGGGGGAGUUGAAGGGGGAGAAAGGGAGGGCGGCGAGGCAGGGAGAGGAAGGGUUGAGCGAGGUUAAGAGGCAAAUGGAGGGGGCGAUGGGUGAAAGGGAUGGGUUGAGGAAGGAGAAGGAGGAGUUGGUGGAGGAGGUGGUUGCGUUGAAGGCGAGGUUGGAGGCGGUCGAGGUAGAAAAGGGCGAGGUGAAUGGCAGUGGUUUGGUGGCAAGUGCGGAAGGAGAGGGCGAGGAUGCGGAUGUGCCACCGUUGAAUGGCGAUGCGAACGAAAAGUAG